UGCAGGCCCACAUGCGCUCGGCCGUCGACUUGGAGCCUCAGCCGAUCUAUGCGCCGUUGAAACCAUGUCUUCAUUCCACUCCCUGCUACGACUGGCGAAUGUACACACUCUGGUUUGAACACUGCAUUAUGGUGGCUCGUUCAACAGGAGACACGUGCCCAAUGACCGGAGAACACGUUCGUCACUCAUUUUGACUAAUCUAAACUUGAACGAAACCCAAGCGAGUCGUGAGAUGUGCAUAGAUUUGACUGGCUCCGAUCCAAGUACAUAUAGAAGACACAGACCAGGAUAAGGCAGGGCAUGCCGCUGUUGCAAUUGAAGCAGUUAUUCUCGGGAUGCUGCAGCGGAUGUCCGGCAAGAACCGGCAAUUCGAUCAAUUUUGGGGAGGGCCAGGGACGCGUUGUUGGCCGGAAGAGAACGGAUGAGUCACCUGACAUUCCGGCACGUCACCAGUCGCGUACUUUUCAAAUUUGUGCCAGCCAACGACUCUUUCCCAUCCACCAUAAUGUCUCUCCCUCAACCUGUUCCCCCUAACUGGAAGGACCUCGGCAAGUCGUCCAACGACCUGCUCCAGAAGGACUACCCCUUCUCGGGGACAGCGCUUGAGGUCAAGACCAAGACCCCCUCUGGUGUCAUCUUCAAGGCCGCUGGAAACAGGAUCUCCUCGUCCUCUGUGAUCAACGGUGACAUCGAGGCCAAGUUCUCUGACAAGAAGCACGGCCUGACCUUCACCAACACCUGGACGACGACGAACGUGCUCAAGACGCAGGUCGAGCUUGACAACCAGAUCGCCAAGGGCCUCAAGGUCGACCUCUUGACGUCGCUUGCCCCCACUAGCGGCACCAAGUCUGCGAUCCUGAACGCUGCCUACAAGCAGUCCGGCUUCCACUCCCUUCACCGUCGCUUAUUGCUAUCUUUUCAGGGCCCCGUUUUCACUGCCGACACCGUUGUUGGACGUGAUGGUUUCCUUGCCGGUGUUGAGGCCGCAUACAACGUUACGGAGGGCAAGAUCAGCCGCUACGCGCUCGCGGCCGGCUACAACGCUCCCGAAUACGCUGUCACCAUCCACGCAUUGAACGACCUCAAGACCUUCUCUGCCAGCUACUACCACCGUGUCAACACCAACGUCGAGGCUGGUGCCAAGGCUGUCUACGACCCCAAGCUCACCAACGGCGGUGUCUCCAUCGAGGUUGGCACCAAGACCUAUUUGGACGGAGCGUCCUUUGUCAAGGCCAAGAUUAACAACUCUGGUGUCCUUGCUCUCGGCUACACCCAGGCGCUUCGCCCUGGGGUGAAGGCCUCUUUCGGUCUUGCUCUUGACACUCAAAAACUGAACGAUGUUGACCCCUCUGGCCCCGUCCACAAGGUCUGUAUUCCAAGACUUUUGCCUCUCCUGCCCGCUGAAUCGUUGUCAUCAGGUCGGCAUGACUCUUACGUUCGAUUCUUGAGGAGGAUGGGCUAUGCGGAUUUGGAUCACCACGCCUAG